AUGAAGAACGUUACAUUUUUGAAAGCAAAGGGUUUGGUUCAUCGACCACCACCAACCACACAUAGCACGUGCGCUAGAGAACUGGAUCGAGGUAUCGAUCGUGAUAAGGCUGUUGAUGCGAUAAACACAUUCAGGAAAGAACUUGUGAAUGGAAAAGUUCAGUCUAAAAAUGCCAAAUUCCCAAAGGAAGAAAUGGCUUGGGAAAAAGUUUCUGAUUGUAGUUAUCGUUCAUCAGAAGAUGAAGAAGUCGGAGAAGCUAUCCACGUUGUAUUUCGACCUUCAGGAGGCGAUUUUAAACCCUUGGAUGAACCUGUAAAGGAAGCACUAAAAGAUUGGGUGAAAAGAGUAGAAAACGGCUACGAAGAUAAUAGUGUGUCAACGUGCGAAUUUUUGGGCACAUAUGAUGAAUUCAUACAGGUUGCAUCUGGAUUAACUACGGAUGUUGGUUGUGCAACAAAUCCUUCCUGCAGUUUUACGGAAAACAAUAAUGAUUCCGAUGAACAUGUAGAACCUAAAAAGAAAAAGAUUAAGGAAAAAAGACAUAUCCAAUUCACCGUCUGCAAAUUCUGGCCAAAUGGAGAAUCAUUCAAGAAAUUAUAUGUAAAGGGAAAGCGAUGUCAUAGAGGUUGGAAAUGCGCCAAACACGGUUCAUUUUGCAAUAGCGAUAAACUCUGUGAAUUCGGUUUGCCUGGGGAAUACUGGCCGCUCAUCUCUACAUCUACCGUCGAGGAUGUCCCUAGUAUACAAGUCAAGGAAGCAAGUCUAGCCAGUAGUAGAGAAUACUCUUAA